UACUCCUGCAAAGCCAUCAGUGAUGCUGGUGCCGGCAGCGCUAACAGUGCGCUAAUACUGAAAGCGCAUGCUCCACGCAUACAGCGACCAAUCAACGCUACGGCAAAGACUGGUACCAACGUCAUGUUGGACUGUGACGUCAGUAGCGCUGUCCCGUAUAACGUCACGUGGUACCGACAGGGAGCGCAGGACCCAAUCAGAUCUAGUCACCGUGUCAUCAACCAUGGCAACGGUUCCAUGGAGCUGCUUCACGCCAGCAGGAGGGACGAGGGAAACUACGUCUGUCGCGCCGAGAACGAGGGCGGGGUCGCACAGGCGAAAUUCUACCUCCAGAUACAAGAGCUACCAAAAGUGACGAUCAGUCCAUCCGAGCAGAGUUACAGAGAGGGAGACACGCUGGAUCUCACAUGUCUGGUGUACGGCAUCCCUACACCUACCUCCUACUGGACCAACUCAUCCGAUGACAGGCGGCUUAACUCCACCGACCGGAUGAUAGUGAACAGCGGUACGCUCGUCAUUCUGGAUGCUAAGGAAGAGGAUGCGGGCAUCUACCACUGUGUGGGAAAAAACGAAGCAGGCAUCGAUACAAAGCCGGCACUGCUCAAGUUCAUUGGUACGAUCAGGAGUCCAUCAAUCGAUAGUCUAUCAUUUGAUAGACUCCUGUUACUAUCAAGAGCUAAUAGUACCUAGAGUGUACAACGGAAAAACGGGAAAAUAGUGCUAUUUCACGACAACAUUAUUCUACUUUGCCUGCGAGUCUAGAAGGUAUUAUAUUAGCUCUUGUUACUAUCUAUGUCAUAUUCAUCAGCUGUGUUUACGGUUCACUGAAUGUACGCUGUUGACAACUGUGUUUUGGGGGCUUCGUAUGUUUGCAAUAUUGGCUUCUGAUUAUAGAUAUAUGCCUAAUAAGUAUUACUUAUUAUCGCCGCUCAUAGAGGGCGGUACAAGCGCCCCCUAUCGUUGGUUGAAGCCAGCAACAUGUCGCGAAUUAUCACCCAUAGAGGUCGCUGAUGAUCCCAUCGUCUCACUCACUUAAAGGAGGUUUGCGCCACCUCGAAAAAUGCUGGGCUUAUUAGCCAAUGUCCUGAUUCCAUGAAAUUUCUACGUUUACCCUCUAAGUUAGAGCACGACCUAGCUCUACUCUUACUGUUAGCUGUUCUUUGACUUUUCUUUUCGUCGACUUGUGUCACCACUAGAUGGCGUAAGAUGCCAGGUUGUACGCUCUUCGGUAAUAUCCCUCUUGUAACACGUUUAAAGCAUCACAGGUGGAGAUAAAAAUCAUCGGUCUUCUACGUGAAAUAAUGUGAAAAAAUGAAUGUUGAAUAAAUAGUUUACAUUCAAUCUUUGUAACCGUAUCCCAACGUGGAUAACUUAUAAAGCAAUGUCAAGCUAUCAUUCCACAGAUUAUAAUCAGACAAACUAACAGAACACAAUUCGAAUCUCUCUACAAAGCUUGUACCGAUAUGCUUUCUAUUCACAAUGGACGUUUAGUAUUAACAUCGCGAUGUUUUUACUAUCCUAAUACGUACUCAUAGUUGAUGGAAGAUAAUAUCUAUUAUUUAGGUGAUGUUUGUUACAAAUCAGCUUUUGAAACAAUGGUAGCACCUUAUACCGAGGAAUAUACGCUAUAACACUGGAUGAUGUGAUAUGAUAUGAGUAUGGAUUGCGUAUUUUACCGUAUAAAUAUAUUUUAUCGUAAUUUAUCGUCUCAUGAUCGUAUGUAUAUCGACCGUGUAUGUCUAACCGCGUUGGUCGAUUUGAUUUUCUUGCGUCACAGAGGAGCCAACAAUCGACAUACCACAGAGAUUGGUGCACGUGCCCGUGGGCGGGGAGGCGGAACUGCGAUGUGACGUCACCCAGGGCGUGCCCCCUCCCACCGUGCGAUGGUAAGUUGUGUGUGUGUGUGUGUGUGUGUGUGUGUGCGUGCGUGCGUGCGUGCGUGUGUGUGUGCGCGUGU